AUGGAGGACAUCUCCCAAGACCGAAACCCAAAGGGCAAGAAGGAUGUAGCCAUGAGAAGAUUGUCCUCCCUGCAGAAGGCACAGCUUGGGAUAAAGGGGGCAACUCGAGCCUUGCGGGGAGUGAGAAUCCCCCUCCCUACCACCCUCCUCCGCAGGCUGCUGCGGCUGUUCCAGACGACGCCCAAGCAGAGGGACCGGAGGUCACUCCCUCCCCCAUCACGGGGUGACUCAGAGACAGGACAAGGAGAUUCCUCACACAUCCUGCCCCUCCGACUCGCAGGAGGGGAAGGAAACCAGUUACAGUAUUGGCCCUUCUCCACUUCAGACCUGUAUAACUGGAAAACUCAUAACCCGUCCUUUUCCCAAGACCCGCAGGCCCUAACAGCCCUGAUAGAAUCUAUCCUCCUUACCCACCAACCCACGUGGGAUGAUUGCCAACAGCUCCUGCAGGUCCUCCUAACUACGGAGGAAAAGCAGAGAGUCAUUCUGGAAGCCCAAAAGCAUGUCCCGGGGGCAGACGGGAGACCAACCCAACUGCCAAACGAGAUCGAGGCUGCCUUUCCCCUCACCAGACCUGCUUGGGAUUUCAACACGGCUGAAGGUAGGGAACACCUACGUCUUUAUCGCCAGGUGCUUGUAGCGGGCCUCCAAGGGGCAGGGAGACGCCCCACCAAUUUGGCCAAGGUAAGGUCAGUGACACAGGGAGCAGACAAGCCGCCCACUGUGUUUCUAGAAAGACUUAAAGAGGCAUAUCGGAGGUACACUCCCUUUGAUCCAGACAGCCCCGAUCAGGAAGUAAGUGUUUCCAUGUCUUUCAUAUGGCAAUCAGCUCCUGAUAUUAGGAGUAAACUCCAAAGAAUGGAGAAUUUACAGGGGCAAGGUCUUAGGGACCUCUUAAGGGAGGCAGAGAGGAUCUUUAACAAAAGGGAAACACCAGAGGAGAAAGAAGAAAGACAAAAAAGAGAGGCAGAAGAUAGAGAGGCAUGGCUUAGAAUAACCUUCGAGAUGUGCACUAUGAUUAUGCCCAAGCACAUGAGAAGUGGCCGCUCCAGCUGGUUGAGUGCCUGCAGGUCACACGAUGAAGGAGGACACUGGUUGGAGCAGAGCCCACAUUCUGCAGAUGAGCUCCACUUCUGGAGCAGCACUGAGGGAACAAGGUCAGCCUCAGAUGUCUUUUCAGAUCCCUCCAGCAUCAGGCUCUGGGAGCCAUUUACAGUGACCUGCUGCACCAUCAGACAUAAAGAGAACAAUACCUGCUUCACCAGCUGGGGGAGGUCGCUGUGA